AUGGCUGUACCAAGGAAAGGUCUGAGCGCCUCCCCACCUGAUGGCGGCUGGGGGUGGAUGAUUGUGAUUGGUUGCUUCCUCGUUACUAUUUGCACUAGAGCUGUAACAAGGUGUAUCUCAAUUUUCUUUGUGGAGUUCCAGACUUACUUUGCUCAAGAUUAUGCCCGGACAGCUUGGAUCCAUUCCAUUGUCGACUGUGCCACAAUGCUUUGUGCACCGCUUGGGAGUUUUAUCAGUAAUCAUGUUUCUUGUCAAGUGGGCAUCAUACUAGGAGGAUUGCUUGCCUCUGCUGGACUUAUCUUGGGUUCCUUUGCCACAAGUCUGGAACAUCUUUACCUUUCCCUAGGAGUUCUUACAGGGCUGGGAUUUGCACUUUCUUAUUCCCCAGCCAUUGCCAUGGUGGGCAACUAUUUCAACAAGCGGAAAGCGUUGGCUUACGGCAUCGCCAUGUCCGGCAGCGGCAUUGGCACCUUCAUCCUGGCUCCCGUGGUCCAGCUGCUGAUUGAGCAGUUCUCCUGGCGCGGAGCCUUGCUCAUCCUGGGUGGUUUCGUUUUAAACCUCUGCGUCUGUGGUGCCUUGAUGAGGCCUGUUGCGGUAAAAGAGGACCGCAAGAACGGGCCCGAGCUGGAGUUUGAGCUCGAAGCUCCAAAGACGGACUUCAAGCAGUGGUCUGCCUGCUCCCCUCUGAUCAAAGUGUGGUCUCACAAGUGCCUGUGCCAGUGCUCGUGGCAGGAAUACCAGUUCUUACUGAAGCCAGACUUUGUGGUGCUUGCCGGCUCAGUCCUCUUCAUGGCUUACGGCUGCAGCCCCCUCUUUGUCUACCUGGUGCCUUACGCACUGAGGGUCGGAGUGAGUCACCAGCAGGCCGCGUUCCUCAUGUCCAUCCUCGGGGUCAUCGACAUCGUUGGCAACAUCACUUUUGGAUGGCUCACGGAUAGAAGGUGCUUGAAGAAGUAUCGUUACAUCUGCUACCUCUUUGCGGUGGGAAUGGACGGCCUCUGCUGCCUCUUCCUUCCCAUUCUCCAAAGCUUUCCGCUCCUUGUGCCUUUCUCUUUCACCUUCGGCUAUUUUGACGGAGCCUACGUAACCCUGAUCCCGGUGGUGACGGCGGAUGUAGUGGGCACGGCUUCCUUAUCUUCAGCUCUUGGAGUGGUGUACUUCCUUCAUGCAAUACCUUACCUAAUCAGCCCACCAGUUGCAGGUUGGCUUGUGGAUACCACCGGCAACUACACUGCAUCAUUCCUGCUGUGUGGAUUUUCCAUGAUAUUCAGUUCGACGUUACUGUGCUGUGCAAGGCUGGCAAAGAAGGUCAAACGGACUCCCUUGAGGUCAGCUGGUAGAGACACUGAUGCCAAGCAACAAAGCUGGACAAAUGGAGCAAUAGUUUAUUCUGUAAAUGGAGAAUUUGAUCAAAAAGGUGUGGAGUUGCUGGCUAGUGAGGCGAGCAGCUAUGGCAAAAGAUGACAACAUGCUACGUCCCCCUUAGUGUAACCUU